AAUGAUAUGCUAGAUUUGUCAAAAUAACAGGACAACGUCAAUUAUAUUUUCAAAUAAUUGUGAAAUACAUCGUUAAUAGUUUUAAUCUGUGGCCCUUUCUUUAUCAAAUAAAACAAAGACUUUUAAGGCUUGUAAGAAAUGUGAAGAAGAGAGAGUUUAGGAUAAGUUUUUUAAUUUCAAUGAUAUAAAGCAGAAAUUGAAUUAAUCAGAAUAUGCUGAAAGAAUAAAUGAAAUUGUCUAAUUAUCGAAAAAGAUAAUCUAAUAAACUAAAGAGGGGAAAGACAAAUUAAUUCGUUUGACAGAAGAAAUAGUGGAUACAGUAAUGAAUGGAAUAUAUCAAAUGUUUUAACUUUAAUCCCCUAAUUAAGCAGGAUAAGGUAUUACAUUUUCUGCUCAAGAAAUAUUUAAUGUAUAAUAUAAAUAUUUCUAUUAGUUAUUAACACCAUCAACAAUAAAAACUUUAGAGGAUUUAAAAAAUAGAUAGAUUUCUAUACACAAUGCCGAAGAUAUUAGUUCUAUGCUUAUAACCAAAAUAUUGUAUAUGGAUUAAUUUAGAGAUUUUCUAUAUCAAAUUGAAAAAAAUUCAGAAGGAAUAACAAUUCAAAUGAAGUAAAGAAUUGAGAAUUUAGAACAAACUAAAGAUAAGAUAAAAUAAUAAUUUAUGUAAAUUUAGCCAUAUGUAAAAGAAAAUUUUGAUAAUGAAUCAAUAAUAAAAUAGGUAAUCAUAGUAAUUAUAAAUUGAAAGAUUAAAGGAGAGAAACAAUAAUAAUUAAGUUUUGAAUAGAGCGAUAUACAUAUGGUAAAGGCAAUUAUGAACAUUGAUAGUGAUUAAUUGGUUUAUGCAAAGAGGGACUGUAUAUCAAUAUUAGAUAAGAAAAAUAAUUUUAUAGAAAAACAGAAAAUAUUAUUUGAGAAUUAAGAUAUUAUAUCAUAUGCAUGCUCAUUUUAAGAUAUGGAAGAAAAAUAUAUAGCAGCUGGGUAUAAGAGUAUAUAUAUUUAGAAUUGAAUAACAAGACGAUAAAUGUAAGAUUAAAAUAUGGAAUUUUAAAGAUAAGAAGUGGAAUGAUUUCAAAGAAAUUGAAACAGAGCAACCAAUUUUAAAAAUCAUUAAUCCUUUUGAAAAUCAUAUAAUCACAUGUUCUGAGAAUAAGGUAUAACUUAUUAUUAAGAAUAUAGAAAAUAGAAAUAAUAAAUUUUAGAAAAAAUGAAUAAUUGAAUAAUAAUUAUUAUCAAGAAUAAUAAGAAAGUAUUAAUGAUAUAGCUUUGAUAAAUCCAUCCACUUUAAUAUUUAUAACUAAUUCAGAUAUAAAAGCAUUAAAUUUAAAAAAUAAAAAAAUCUUGGAUUAAAUAAAAGGAAAUGAAAAUCAUUUGUGUAUAGAAAUGAUGAAUUCUUAACUAUUUGUUGUAGGAAAUUCAAUUGGUCAAGUUUUGAUAUGUACUUUUAAGGAUAAAAUUCUAAUCAAUUAAGAUGUAUAAUUACACGAAAAGGAUAUAAGAUACAUUUGUAAAAUUGAUUAAAUGUAAUAAUAAAAUAAUUAAUGAAGGCAUUUUAUAACAUCCUCUUAUGAUGGAAAACAUACUUUUGCAAAAAUAAAUGGAAAUAUAUUGAAAACUAUAGAAGAAGGACCUAAAGCCAAUUUUCCGGAUCCUUUAUUAUGGGAUAGGGAUUUAAAUUGCUUAAUAGCAUCAUCUGGAGGUUAAGUCUAUUAUUAUAAAUGAA